AUGGCGACCACAACGGUGACAGUGACCAAGUCGGGUCGCAAGAAAGAUGCCGACCUGCCUCCAGAGAACGAGCGUUUCCUGCGAUGUUGCGCAGACAUCGCUAACGCCCUCAUCGAGGACCACGAGGCCGCCCAGGACCAUGCACGCCCGAAGAAGGACCUCAACCUAAACGCUGUGCGUUCCAGGUUGGCCAAGAAGCACAAGAUCAACAACAUGCCGCCCCUGACUGCCAUUAUCGCCGCUGUUCCCGAACACUACAAGAAGUACAUCCUCCCCAAGCUCGUCGCGAAGCCCAUCCGGACCUCCUCGGGCAUAGCUGUCGUUGCCGUCAUGUGCAAGCCUCACCGCUGCCCACACAUUGCCUAUACUGGCAACAUCUGCGUCUACUGUCCCGGUGGGCCAGACUCCGACUUCGAGUACAGCACCCAGUCCUAUACAGGCUACGAGCCCACCUCCAUGCGCGCCAUCCGGGCGAGGUACGAUCCCUUUGAGCAGGCGCGCGGCCGUGUCGAUCAGCUCAAGUCCCUCGGCCAUUCCGUCGACAAGGUCGAGUACAUUAUCAUGGGUGGCACCUUCAUGUCCCUGCCCGAGCAGUACAGGGACGAUUUCAUCUCUCAGCUGCACAACGCCCUCAGCGGAUACCAGACCUCCAAUGUCGACGAAGCUGUCGAGGCCGGCGAGAUGAGCAACACAAAAUGUGUCGGCAUCACUAUAGAAACGAGACCGGACUACUGUCUGCAGCCACACCUGUCCAGCAUGCUGCGGUAUGGAUGCACAAGGCUGGAGAUUGGCGUGCAGUCUCUGUACGAGGACGUCGCGCGCGACACCAACCGUGGGCACACUGUAGCUGCCGUGGCCGAGACGUUUUGUCUCUCCAAAGAUGCCGGCUUCAAGGUGGUCAGCCACAUGAUGCCAGAUCUCCCCAAUGUUGACAUGGAGCGGGAUCUCGACCAGUUCCGCGAGUACUUUGAAAAUCCGGCUUUCCGAACCGACGGUCUCAAGAUCUACCCCACGCUCGUGAUCAGAGGCACGGGACUCUACGAGCUGUGGAGGACGGGGCGGUAUCAAAACUACACACCCAACGGUCUGAUCGAUUUGGUCGCCCGUAUUCUAGCCCUGAUUCCGCCAUGGACGCGCAUCUACCGUGUCCAGCGUGAUAUCCCGAUGCCUCUCGUCACAUCCGGUGUGGAAAAUGGAAAUCUUCGCGAGCUUGCCCUCGCCCGCAUGAAGGACUUCGGCACCACCUGCCGCGAUGUGCGGACCCGAGAGGUAGGCGUGAACGAGGUCAAGAACAAGAUACGGCCCAACCAGAUCGAGCUCAUUAGAAGGGACUACACAGCCAAUGGUGGCUGGGAGACGUUUCUCGCAUACGAGGAUCCUAAGCAGGAUAUCCUCGUCGGUCUGCUCAGGCUGCGCAAGUGCACUGAGAAGUACACGUUUCGUGAAGAGCUGGUGGGCCAGCAGACGAGUCUGGUGCGGGAACUGCAUGUCUACGGUACGGCAGUACCGGUUCAUGCACGGGACCCGAAGAAGUUUCAACACCAAGGCUUCGGGACAUUGUUGAUGGAAGAAGCUGAACGGAUCGCCAGGGACGAGCAUGGCAGCGAAAAGAUCAGUGUCAUUUCGGGUGUUGGGGUCAGGAGCUACUAUAAAAAGUUGGGAUACUGGCUGGACGGGCCCUACAUGAGCAAAUGGCUGGAUGGACGCCCGGGACCUGACGCAUGAAGGAUGCUCUGAUGGUCUGCUCAAUUUCAUGGGCAAAUCCCGCGGCUGAACUUGAGCACACUUGUCCCAACACAGCGCCUACUUCAUCAAUGGCGCCAGUAAGCCAUAGAGCGGCGGUCUCUUAAAUACCACCUCAGACUAUCGCAAGCCGUGAUGCCUUUUCCAGAGUCUCAU